GGUUGUUAGAGCAAGUAGUUAGUUUCCCAAUCCGUUGGUCUUGAAUCUGUUGGUCUUGAUUCUGUUGGUCUUCAUUUCUCCAACGUGUGUGUGACCUUUUUUGGAUCUCUUUGCGGACUUUGGUCAACGUAGCCUCCGUCUUCCUCCCGUGCCACAAGGUUUCUUCACCACUGUUGUGGUUUGGCUGUAUUCAAGGACUCAAAGAUGGCGACAAUGAACAAUCGUUCGGGAUUUUUGAUUCUCGUUGCUGCCCUUAUCGCCUGUGUUCCAUAUUGCAAUGGUCAAGUUCUUACACUGAAGGCUGUUGGGCAAGGCACCGCUCCGUUCAUAGCUUACUACCUACGGGUACAACGUACGGCAGAUAUUGGAGUAAGCUACUUACCAUCAUGCGAGGCCCAGGGUGCUACUGGUUCAAAUAUUAAACUGAUUAACACUGACAAUAAUAUGGUUGUUGGUGAACAUAACCAACCGUUUGAUCAGAGUGGCAGUGCCACUAGUACUAUUGUUGAAUGGGACACUGUCCACCACCCCACUCUCGACGAAAGAUACACUGGACUGUACGAAUGUAUAUCAGAUGUACCAGGUGCCAUGACAGCACAACAAACCUUUCGACUACAUGUAAUAUCAUUGCCAUCUAUUCAACAUUUUACCUUGCCUAGUUUGUAUGGCAACGCUAUGUUCCAAGUUUCAUGCGAUGCACAUGGAUACCCGAAACCUACUAUGAAAGUGCUCCUCAAUGGUGUAGAACAGCCUGGUCAAUCUUCCUCCCGUUGUUCUGAUGGUGAAUGUAGAACGACUCGCUAUACCAUACUAAAUGACAUUACUUACACAACUGGUCAGACUCAUCACAACGUCACAUUCUCUGCGGAUAUCAACCAACCCCCGUUUAAUUGCUCUGCUGCUAAGAAUGGGUUUGUGGAAACUAAUUGCAACAGUGCUUUGAAAACCAAAAAAUAUAUCCAGACCAGUAAUAUUCAGAAGCUAUGUAAAUACCUGCCUUUUGAAUAUCCAUACAAUCCUACAUCUUCAAGAGCUAUUGGAACUGUACUUGGAGUAUCAUGUGGUACUGGCUAUAUUAGUAGGGAUACCAUUACCUCUAUAAAGUGCCAGGCAAAUGGAGCAUGGACACCUCUUCCUGUGUGUUCUGGAGGUCAGGUUAGUGUGCAUUUGGACGCUUUAAGGCAUGGUUUUGGUCUAAAAACAUACACAGUCUACUACCUGAAUGGAUCAAGUACAGAACUUGUUGGACUAGAUUUUUUACCAUCGUGUAGUGCUGAAGUACUUGGUGCUGGUGCUAGUGGUCAGUAUUUACGACUGACCAAUACUGAUACCAGUACAACUGUAGCUGAUCUGGGAGCAUUCAGUAUUGCACCUACAACCCGUCCAUUUUCACUAUUCUGGAACACAUUAACUCUGGACCCAACCUACACUGGACAGUACAGGUGUAUUACAGAUAUAGGAAAUUCAUCAGAGACAUAUCAACUCAAUGUCGUAGUUCCACCUACCGUACUGUCAUUGAACACAUCGGAUUAUGUGAACAACAACAACACUGUGCACCCAAUCAGUUGUAAAGGUCAGGGAUACCCAGAACCUGCAGUGACAAUAAUGGUCAACAAUGUGGUAGUGACAGGCAACGAUACCAACAAUUGUACUGCUGGUGUUUGUACAAAGACACACACGGCAUCUCUAGAUGGUAGUACCUACACACCUGGCCAGUCCAUCAAUAUCACCUGUACUGUGGAUAUCAACCAACCACCAUUCACCUGUUCUGGUACUGAAACUUCAACAGUACAAUCACAGUGUACUGCUGCUGCCAAGACUACGUCACACACAAGAACUGUCCCUGUAGUUGUUCCACCUACCAUACUGUCAUUCAACACAUCGCAUUAUGUGGACAACAGCAACACUGUGCACCCAAUCAGUUGUACAGGUCAGGGAUACCCAGAACCUACAGUGACAAUAAUGGUCAACAAUGUCGUAUUGACAGGCAGUGAUACAACCAAUUGUACUGCUGGUGUUUGUACAAAGACAGGAACAGCAUCACUAGAUGGUAGAAGCUACACACCUGACCAGUCCAUCAAUAUCACCUGUACUGUGGAUAUCAACCAACCAAAAUUCAACUGUACGUUUGCUGAUGAACCAACAAUACAAGCACAGUGUAAUACUGCCAAGACUACGUCACAAACAAGAACUGUCCCCGUACGCGCAUCCUGUCCCCUGUUAGAUUCCUCUCUUGGUCAUGAUUUCAAUGCUACAUUCUCCAAUGCCUCUGGAACUGUUCUGGGAAUUUCAUGUCGUGCCGGCUUUACUAUGGAUACUAAAACGAGUUCCAUUGACACAAUAACAUGUCAAUAUAAUGGAAUGUGGACACCUCUCCCGAUUUGUACAGAUAUUGAUGAAUGCUCAACUAAUCCAUGUCCUACCAAUGCAACAUGUCAAAAUCUGGAGAAUACAUUUGACUGUGGAUGCCUUCCUGGACAUUCUUAUAACCGAACGACAAAUGAAUGUCAAAAUAUCAAUGAAUGCUUAACUCUGUGCAAAGACAAGAGUACCAGUUGCACUGACACAGUUGGGAGUUACAAAUGUGAAUGCCAAACGGGAUAUAAUGGAACUGCACCUUCUUGCACUGAUAUCAAUGAAUGCUUAACUCUGUGCAAAGACAAGAGUACCAGUUGCACUGACACAGUUGGGAGUUACAAAUGUGAAUGCCAAACGGGAUAUAAUGGAACUGCACCUUCUUGCACUGAUAUCGAUGAGUGUAACACCAUGUGUAAUGGUACAUCAUCACAAUGUAACAACACUUUGGGAAGCUUUUUAUGCACCUGUGAUCCUGGAUUUACUGGCGAUGGAUUUAAUUGCACAGACACAUCUACGCUUGAAGAAAGAACUUUAGCUCCAGAUUUGAACCAAUCCGCAACAAGCACGUUAGCCCCAGCUUUGAACCAAUCCGCGACAAGCAUGUUGAACCAAUCCGCAACAAGCACAUUAGCCCCAGAUUUGAACCAAUCCACAACAAGCACGUCAGCCCCAGAUUUGAACCAAUCCGCAACAAGCAUGUUAGCCCCAUUAUCAGAUGGUGGUGCAGACCCAACGUCAUCUGUGCCUGAUAUUGGGGAAACCCCCGCCCAAUCCGACUCAGUUAUGAGUACUGGGAGCACGACAACUUUCAACAGCACCUUGGAUAUUCCUAAUGGAAAGUCAAGCUUAACCGGUGGUCAAGUGGCAGGCCUAGUCAUAGGCACCUUGCUGCUGGUCGCAUUGAUUGGAGGCAUUGUGUUCACUCUGGUAAAGAAACAGUCUCCUGGAUCUGGGAAACAUAUUUCUAUGACAGAGAUAAAUGAUUAAUGACUCCAACUGGAGCGCUGGAACAGUGGGAAGACUUUCUACAAGCCUUAGCAAGUGGAAAAAGCUGACGGCCAGUUCCAGUCAUUGUUAGCAUUCCUGUAGUGUUACACCACGCAUACACAUGCAUGCAUAUGUCAACACACCUAUACACAAUUAUUAUGCAUGACUGUAAGAGGUAAUAAUCAGUACGCAUUUCACACGAUGUCACCUGAUGCCUUGAUUUCAUUUCGUGUUGGUACUUCUCUGUACUUUGAUGCUACUUGCAUGAAGCUAAUCUUGGCCUAAGGAUAUAUUGGUAGGAAAUAUUGAUAAGGAAACUUAGCAUUGAUUGAAUUGAAGCAUGCACGAGUCUGUUAAUUAGUAAUCGCCAAUCUGUACUUUCGUUGAUUAAUGUCGCUGCACUCAGCUAGAACGCAGUUGGUUGUCCAUUGAUCGGAGAGAGCAUUCUUACAGCACAUAGUGCCUAUCGUAGAUGUAAUUCCCCUGAAAUCCGUGAAGAAGUAUAUGCUCUGUGCGCUGUUACAUUUUGCCUCCGAGUACGUUAGUUUGUCAUUAGGAGUCUAUACUUUUGUUGAUACAAUAAUAUCGUUGCACUCAGCAAGAAUAAUUGAUUUUCAUCCAUAUUGGAGUGAGCAUUCUUACAACACGUGGUGCCUAUCGUAGAUUCAAUUCCACUGGUAUCUGUGAAUAAGUAUAAUUCUCAAUGCACUAUUACAUUUCGCCUCCAAGUCUGUUGCUAGUAGUUUGCUAUAAAAAAAUCGGGUAC